AUGACGUGGGUAUUGGGAUGUUCGUCUGCAGAACGGCUAGGAUCGACGCUUUUGCAUCAAAGCCUCAAAUGGCUAACAAUUGAUUUGGAUACGGCCGUGAACACGGCAUCGGGGCCGGUCGCUCUGGAGCAGCUAUCGUUUGGGGACGAAUUCAACCGGCCCAUCGCCGACUUUGAGUGGUCAGUCUCCCUGUUGCAGCUAUCGUUCGGGGACAAAUUCAACCAGCACAUUGCACAGGUCGUGUGGCCGGUCUCCCUGCAGAAGCUAUCGUUUGCGUUAUCGUUUGGGCUUUGCUUCGACCAAACCAUCGCCGGAGUCUCGUGGCCGACCUUCCUGCACCAGCUAAGGUUUGGGUAUAAUUUCAACCAGAGCAUCGCCGAAGUCGUGUGGCCGGUCUCCCUGCGGUAUGAUUUCAACCAGCCCAUCACCGACGUUGAGCGGCCGGCCUCCUUGCUGCAGCUAUCGUUUGGGUAUCGUUUCAAACAGAGCAUCGCCGCAGUCGUGUGGCCGGUCUCCCUGCAGCAGUUAUCGUUUGGGUAUCAUUUCAACGAGAGCAUCGACGAAGUCGUGUGGCCGGUCUCCUUGCAGCAGUUAUCGUUGGGGAAGUUUGCAACCAGCCCAUAG